GUGGCCGGCGAGCACGGCGUUGCUUGUGCCCGUGCGUGCAUAGGCACACGGAGCCGGGGGCAUGCUGCAGCGCGCCAAGUACAACCGCUUCCGCAAUGAGUCGGUGACAUCUGUCGACGAGCUGCUGCUCCACGGCCUUCCCAUGAACGCCAAGGUGCCUGCUGGCGCCCCGGUGCCUGCUCCGGAGCCGCUGUACGCGCCUGCUGCUGAGGCCACGCCCCCUGAAACAGCUGAGGACUCGGGCACCGCCCUGUGCACCCUCAUCAACAAGGUGUCCAGUCUUAAAUUCACCAACUCCUCUGGCCUGCUGGGCAUCAAAGGCCUGCCGUCGGCUGUCAAGGACCUGGCUGUGUCCAAACUUCAGGGAGGAGGGGGAGCAGGAGGAGGGUCCUCGGGUAGCCCGGCGUCUUCCUCCAGCCUCUCAGCGGCCACUGGGGGCAUCUCGUGUGCUUCCGCCACCUCUGGCCACCACGAGCCAGGCUCCAUGAGCACCGGGAAGAAGGGAAGGAUGGAGGAAGCGCAGCCUGGUGCAGAGGACUGGCACACAGGUGGUGUGGGUGGCACUGGUGGAGAAUGCGCAGGCCUGGUGAAUAAACCCUCACGAGGAUGGCUGCACUCCAGCGACAAGAUCGCUGGACCUGGAGUGACGUACGUCGUAAAGUAUUUGGGCUGCAUAGAAGUGCUUCGGUCCAUGAGGUCCCUCGACUUCACCACAAGAUCCCAAAUAACAAGGGAGGCCAUCAGUUUGGUAUGUGAGGCAGUACCUGGCACCAAAGGAGCACUGCGCAAGAAAAAGCCCCCCUCCAAAGCUCUUUCCAGCAUUUUGGGGAAAAGUAACCUGCAGUUUGCUGGCAUGAGUAUCAACCUGAACAUCUCGAUCAGCAGCUUAAACCUAAUGACCCCCGACUCCAAACAGAUAAUAGCCAAUCACCAUAUGCAGUCGAUAUCCUUUGCCUCCGGCGGAGAUCCGGACACAACCGAUUUUGUUGCUUAUGUAGCAAAAGAUCCAGUUAACCGCAGAGCAUGUCAUAUUCUGGAAUGUUCCGAUGGUCUGGCACAGGAUGUGAUCAGUACGAUAGGGCAGGCGUUUGACCUGCGCUUCCAGCAGUACCUUCAGUGUCCCUCCAGCAAACUGUCAGCUAUACACGAUAGGGUACAGAGUGUUGAGGAACCUUCAUGGACUGAGGAAGGAGAGGAUCCUCCUGAUCACUCAUAUUAUAACAACAUCCCUGGCAAGAUGCCCCCUCCUGGUGGCUUCAUCGAUGCACGGUUAACCAAUCAGACAGCAGAGAGUAUCCAGGGGGCCGGAGUAGACCAGACGUACUAUCAAGGCAGGCCUACACUUGUCCAACAAGGAUCUUGUGACAUAUACAGUUUGCCUGAGGCCAAAGGUCAGAGCCCGAAGCUGGGCGAGGUUCCUACAUAUGUGAAUACACAGCACAUUGAUCCACAGGUGCUGGCGGCGCUGCAGGGGGAAACAGAAGCAGUGUGCGAACCAUGUGGGGGCGCCACAGCCAAAGACAGCCCCAGAAAAGACCUCUUCGACAUGAAGCCGUUUGAAGAGGCGAUUGUGACUCAGUCCCCGUCAGUGUCUGUGUUGAAUAAGGCGUCGUCGGUGGAUAACUGCAGCCCGGUGCUUACACGCUCGGCCCUGCGCUCCAUCCCCGAGCUCGAGCAGCAGAGCUGGUACCACGGAGAGAUGAGUCGCCACAAUGCCGAGAAACUCCUGCGCAAUGACGGAGACUUCCUAGUGCGCAAAAGCACUACCAACCCAGGCUCGUACGUGCUGACGGGCAUGCACAACGGCCUCGCCAAACAUCUGCUGCUCGUCGAUCCAGAGGGCACGGUACGAACUAAAGAUCACAUAUUCGAAAGCAUCAGCCACCUGAUCAGCCAUCACCGCGACAACAACCUGCCAAUCGUCUCGGCGGGAAGCGAACUGUGCUUGAAGCAGCCCGUCGAAAGGAAACAGUGAUGACAUCCCCCUCCCCCGUGAAAGUAAAUAAACAAACAAACUGCACAGAGGGAACGGGGUCAACCCUGAAACCUGAUACUUGAAGAUGAAUAUGAAUAACGAGUGUGUAAAGGUGACGGUGGACAUAGUUAGUUUUACAGCGAUGUCAUUUAUCCGAUCGCUUUUGGACCACGUGAAAGAGAUCCUCGUAUAUAAAGACGACGGCUGAUUUAUAGAACUGUUCCAAUUAUUUUGUUGUGAUGACUGAAAUUCUAUAUUUUUUGAAAAGACAUGGGUGCAUUUGGGCUUAUCUGUGUUUUAAAACU